AUGACCAGCCGCCUUGACCGUCUUUUUGUGUUACUGGAAAGUUGUCCCAAUGCGUCUUUACGAACUGCAGCUGCAGAGCAACUUGGAGAGAUCGCAAAAAGUAGUCCAUCAAGCAUUGAUUAUGUCUUCACCUGUCUUAUCCCUCUGCUUCGACAUAAAAACUGGGUUUCUCGUAUUGCUGCAUCAGAAGCUAUUCGUCACAUUGUUCGUCACUUGCCUGAUUGGGAACCAACUUUGAAUUGUCAAAGCUACAUAGAUCAAAAGGACGUUUCAACUAAUGGCUUCCUCAGCCUAAGUGGACUCCGGAUUGACUAUGUUCUAGCUCAGGGUGCUCGACUUUACAGUAUGGAUGCACGAGAAUUGGACAGAAAUAACAGUCGGGAUUAUUUUGAACGGUGUAAAAAGAAUAAUGAAAAUGCAAUGGAAUGUGAUACAUUUGAUCCACAAACAGAUAUUCAGUCUCAAAUCUUACCGACAGUACAACGCCAAGAAAUCAACAGUCGUCUAGGCCUGGAAAACGACAGUUUAUUAACUGAAGUUCUGGAGAAUCAUGCUGAUGUAUCAAUUAAUAAAUGGAUAACAACAGACGAUUUUAAUGAUGAAACACAACCUGGAUUCACUCAAAUAGAUGUGGAGAGUUGUGUACGGAGUGCUUACGUUGCUCAUGUCGACACAGAUGGGAAAAGAUUCAGUUUCUGUCAGUCUCCUGUUCAUUGUGAUACAAAACGUAUCAAACUAGAUUCAUCAAGUGACGUCAUCAUUGAUAAAUCUGGAUUCAAUGUUCAAGCUACUGUUUCUGUAUUAAAUCAACCCUCGGGACAUUGGCCAUUAGAUAGAAUGUGUACUACACUUUUAGGUGAUUUGUGGGCAUUGCGUUGGGAGACACGCCAUGGAGCAGCUUCUGGUCUACGAGAAUUACUGUCAGAGCCAAGACAUACUAAACAAGCAGGAAAAUAUAUUGGUCAAUCCAAAACGGAGAUGUAUAAUAGCCAUUACCAAUAUUUGGAAGAUAUUGUAGUUCGUGUACUUUGUACACUAGCCCUGGAUCAGUUGUCUGAUUUUAUUUCCGAUGAAGUUGUAGCUCCAGUACGUGAAACCGCUGCACAGUUAUUAGGUGUACUAUCUUUGCAUUUAACAACUGAACAAGUACUUUUAGUAGCAAAACACUUAAUAUUUCUUGUAUCUUUAAACGACGAAGCAGUAACAAAACUGUGCGCUAAUAUACCUUGUCAAAAGGACAAUUCAAAUGCUUCCAAAAACAGUUGGAUGAUAGCACAUGGUGGAUUAUUAGGCAUCAAAUAUUUGCUUGCUUCAAGAAAGGAUUUAAAAAAUACAUUAUUACCACAUGUUACACCGUGCUUAAUUAGCCGAUUGUUUGGGAUACCAAUUAAAGCUGAUAAUCAAACCAUUCCUCGACAAAGUGGUCAUCCUUCUUCAUUUAGUGCUAAUACUCUUGCCGACGAUGAAGAUAUACGUGCUGCCGCCGCUUCAGCAUUAUUGCCAAUUAUUGAUACAAUAUGGGUCGCAUCACUUAAUCAGUAUGAAUAUGAUUUAUUUGUAAACCAUGUUUGGUCAUUGAUUCGUAAUACACCAUCAGAUUUAUCACCAUCUACUGGACCUGUACUUAGUUUAGCCUGUGCACUUACUAAAGCUGAAGUAGGAAAGAGGCAGUUUGGCGAACAGCAUAACAGUACAAUCAAAUCAGAAGAUGUUAGCAUUUAUCGAGUUAGUACAAGUGAAAAGAUAAUGAUAAUAGCAGAACUACUACACCAUGUUUCUUCAUCUAUUCGUCAAAGUGCCUUGAACACUCUACAAUGUGUAAUAGAAUCUUGUGAAAAUCAGAUAGAAAGCUUAUCUGCUGAUAUACUACAUUUAAUAUUAGAUAAUUUAUUCCAGCGGAUACUUUUAGAAUCAUGUACCUCAAUACGUGCCCUGGUUACGAAUCUCACAAUCAAAAUUAUUCAAUCAGCUAAAUUGGAUUGCCUUGUUCAGGCGAGUCUUCGACGUUUAGAUGUAUGGCUAUGUCAAGUUAUGCAACCGACUGGUAUCCCCUACCCAAAUAAAUUUUUAGUACCUUGUUUAAGAUCUAACCCAGAUAUACAGUUAACCAGUGAAUCGAAUUCAAAUAAUGAUGAAUUGACGAGUCUAACAGUUAGAUCAACUGCGAACAUCCCAUCGAGUAAUCAACAAGCUGUAUUUAUACCUCAACCAACAUAUUGUAUUGGUGGUUUUCAGUGCUUAACCGCUAGUCGUUCAGAAAUGGAAUCAUAUGUUUUAGAAACCAGGAUCUCGGCUGUUCGUGUUUUAGCAUAUUUGUGUUCGCGUAUUUGUCAAUACAAUCAGUUAAUUCCAGUUCAUUUAUUACCGUGUAUAUCAGAUAAUUCAAAGUUAUCUACUUCAUCAUUACCAUCAUCAGUAAACAACAAUGAUCAUAAUCAUAUUAAUAACACAUCAAUUAGUGUUUUAAACUAUGUAAUUGGCCAAUUAAUAUGUCAGUUACAUUUAAAGGAUAGAUUAGCUAUGCAACGUUUCAUCUCUGGACUAUUACUAUCUUCUUGGUCUUUAUUAUCUCCAAUUUCAUCUUUACCAACUGGUUCUGGUGAUAACAAUGACAAUAACUCAAUGAAUUCAUCAAAUAAGAUGUUUAAUUCCAUGAAUCCAUUUUACCAAAUAAAUUACAUUGACAAAUUAACUUAUACGUGGUCUAAUUUAUUGAAUACUUCUUCAUCAACAUUAUUAUCAUGUCAUUUGGAACAGUUACAGAAUUUAGCAGAACGUGUUUUCACUAAUAUUAAAAUUGACCUACAUGAUAUAGCAAAGCAACUACGUGGACGAUUAGAAUCUUGUUUAACUGAAGUAAUUUAUUAUGAAGAAAUACUAGCUCCUUUCAAAUUAAUGCAAGAAGAUUGUCGCGAAUUAAUUCGACUGAUGAAAAGUGGCGGUCUUCCUGUUGAUUCUCAAAUUCCAAUAAACGGUGUCUUAACAAUAGUUCAUUGUAAAACAUUACUUCAAAAAGUGGCUGAAGUAAUUCAUGCUGAAAAACAGCAUUCAGUAUCUUCUGUUAUUGAUUCAUCUCUACUGGAUCGCUUACAUUGUCAAUUAGAAAGAACUCGAACUACAGUUGACCAUUGUCUUACUUUACAAUUAUAUUUGGGAAAUCGUGUCGAAUUGGGCAUAGCCUGUGCUUUUGCUAACAUGAAUUGGAUUCUACCAGGUCGUUUAAGUUUGCUUAUUCGUCCGUUAAUGGACACUAUACGAUGUGUGAAACCAUGUGUAAAUCAAUCCGAUAAUGCUGUGCGAUCAUUGAAUUCAGGUACCGAUGGUAUUUUUCAAACAAAUUCCCGUCCCAAUAUUACUUCUACUUCUACAUCCACAUCGUCGAUUUUUGGUGGUAGUAAUGCUUAUGGUAGUAGUAGCAGUAAUAGCAGUGCUGUUGGGUCAUGCAUUGAUAUGUUACCGAUUGGUACAUGUGUACAUCUUCAACGCUUGGCUGCCAGUUGUUUAGCGCGUCUUUUGUGGUUAGAGUGGAAGAUGUUAAGCAUUAAUCCCCCAUCACAAUCAUCAUCAACAUUGUUGACGAAUAAAAGUUUACUUCCAAACACUUCUAAAGCUGCUACCAAAGUAAUCAAAAAUCUUACUUCCUAUUUAAUAGAAUCUGAUCCAGACUUCUUGUUGUCGCUAUCAAAUACUUCAAAUCCGUCAUCAGAAGCAAGUCAUCAACCCAAUGAAGAUCAGUCAUCAGUUGAUACUAAAAUAGCAUGUGUUAAUUCUCUCUCGACAUAUCGAUUAGAUUUGGUUACAAACACGUUGUCAUCGUCUGAAGCACAACAUCAGUCUUCCCAACAUCGUGGGGCUUACAUUUCUUUGUCUUGCAUUUGUUAUACAUUUAUCAAUUUAUAUCAUCAUGAAGAAGGUAAUCAAACUUGUUGGUCAUCAUCGAAAUCAUCAUCAAGCGCGACUAUGGAACCUAUCGAUCAUCAACCUUGUCAUCAUCGUUUAUCAAAUGUCUCAUUAAAUAGUCUUCGCCUUGGUAUACCAUCAUUAUGGCAUUUAUUUUGGAUAAAUCCAGUCAAAAUUGUCAUUAAUUAUUAUCGUCAAUCAGGCAUUUUAGUAGAAAAUGGUGAAUCUAUGGAACAAGGUGGAGAAAUAUCUGAAAGAAGGGGAUAUAUAUACUCGACUUUGAAGAAAUUGACUGACGAAAUCAAAGUUAACAUGUACAAACUGAAAUCAAUUGAAUUGCCUAAAUCAAACCAGGAUGAAUUACUUAGUGGAUUGAUUGUUUUGUCCUCAUGUCUCAAUGUUAUUCUACCUUGUAUUGAUCCAGAUCAAAAAGAAACCUUUUGUGAUCAAAAAGAUGAUAUAUCAUUUGAGCAAAUUAUCUGGUUAGCCUCAUUAGUUAUUCGUUUACCAAGUAUUAUUUAUCGUCGGGUCGGUGCACGUCUUCUUGCUGACUUAACUUUGUUAAGACCAGUUUAUACAUUAAAUAUUUUAUUGCCAUUAUUAUUGUUUACUAGUAACGGCAUUUUUUUACCAACUGAUUCAUCAACAUUAUGUGUUGGUACAUUGGAAACAUUUUUAACAAUUGUUGAAAAAUUCUCCAACAUGCAUAAUUCAUCCAGUUAUAUUCUUCAAAGUGUCCCACCAGUUAUUCUUGACGAUCCACUUGCUGAACCGAAUUCAAAGUCAUCUUCAUUAUUAUCAAUGUGUAGAUGUUUUAUGAAUUUUGUGAAUGAACAAUCAACAUUGGAUUUUGAGUCGAAACUUCCAAAUGAAUUAACAACUAAUAUUACGAUUAAUAGUAAUAGUGAAGAUGGAACAAAUUCAUUAUUAUCUAAUAAUCUGAAAUUGUUUUUACCAUAUGUAGUUUUAUUACUAACUCCAACUUUAAGAUUAAUAUCAAAUUCUAAUCAACAUAUACGUUCUACAGCAGGAAGAUUGUUUGCAGCUUUAUUGAAUUUACUACCGUUAGAGUCAUCGAUUCCAAAUCCUGAAAAAAUGAAGGAAGAAUUUAAGCAAAUUCGCCUUGAACAACGUGAAUUUAUUGAUAAUUUACUACACCCUGCUCGUAUUCAAUCAUACAAUCUACCAAUUAAAAUAAAUGGUACACUACGAACAUACCAACAGGAAGGAGUAAAUUGGCUGUGCUUUCUUAAUCGUUACGGUCUAAAUGGUGUAUUGUGUGAUGACUUAGGUUUAGGUAAAACGUUACAAACUAUUUGUAUACUAGCCGGUAGUCACCAUGAAUUGAAACAAUGUUCGGCGAUAAAUAACUCGAAUGAAUAUUGUAUAUCUAAUGAGUCUGUUGUGAUGAAUACAAAAAUUGAUGAAAAAUUCCCAGUUUCGCUAAUUAUUUGUCCAUCUACUUUAUGUGCUCAUUGGUUUCAUGAAAUACAACAUUUUGCACAAACUGAAGAUUUGAAUCCUUUGAUUUAUGGCGGCAGUCCUACAGCUAGACAAAACCUUCAGUCCAAAUUACAUCAGUAUGAUGUAAUCAUUACAUCUUAUGACUUAAUUCGAAGUGAUAUAGGAUUUUUCGAAUUAAUCAACUGGAAUUAUGUUGUUCUAGAUGAGGGUCAUAUUAUCAAGAGUAGUAAAUCAAAGGUCACACGUGCAGUAAAACAUUUAGUUGCUCAGCAUCGUCUCAUCUUGACUGGAACACCUAUUCAGAACAGAGUUUCUGAGCUAUGGUCUCUGUUCGACUUUCUUAUGCCUGAGUUUUUGGGUACAGAACAGUAUUUUUUAGCGAAAUUCGCACGUCCUGUGGCUGCUAGUCGAGAUAUUAAAGCUUCUAAAUCUGACCAACAAGCAGGUCAAUUAGCAUUGGAGAAACUUCAUCGACUUGUAUUGCCAUUUAUGUUGAGACGGUUAAAAGAGGAUGUUAUGCAAGAUUUACCACCGAAGAUUAUUCAAGAUUUUGCCUGUAAAAUGACACCAAUUCAACGUAAAUUGUAUGAAACAUUUCAAAAAACUGAUGAAGGACAACAAAUGAUGAAUUUUGUAACGGCUAGUAGUGGUGACUUUUAUUCUGAAUGUCGUUCUUCCUCGUUCGGUUGCGUUUCUACAUCACAUGGUUUUCAUGCUUUACGCUACUUUCAAGCAGUUUGUAAUCAUCCAUGUUUAGUUUUAAAAUCUAAUCACCCUUUACUUGAUGAGAUUAAACAAGAAUUAUGCAUAGAUUCAAUGGAACAGUUAAGAGCAGUUGAUUAUAGUGGGAAACUAUUGGCUUUAUGCCGUCUUCUAACUGAUUGUGGCUUCGGGAGUCCAAACUCAAUCAAUGGCACAAAUGCUGGUAAUAGUGGUAACACUUUGUCGUCAACGUCUGGGACGUCGACUUCAUCUCAUUAUUUGGAUUCCUAUCCUGGUCUACUAAGUCAACACAGAGCUUUAAUGUUCUUUCAAACACGUGAAAUGUUACAAUUGACUGGAGAAAUGCUGAAAAAACAAUUUCCAUGGAUAACUGCUACACGAUUAGAUGGUACUGUACCAGUGAAUGAACGACACAAUCGUGUGGUUAGAUUCAAUCAAGAUCCAUCGAUCGAUUUGAUGCUAUUGACAACAGCUGUUGGUGGACUAGGGUUAAAUCUGACUGGUGCAGAUACUGUAAUCUUUGUGGAACAUGACUGGAAUCCGAGUAAAGAUUUACAGGCUAUGGAUCGAGCUCAUCGUAUUGGUCAACGACGUACAGUUAAUGUUUAUCGUUUAAUUACUGAAGAUAGUAUAGAAGAGCAAAUUAUGAAUUUACAAGCAUUCAAAUUGCAUUUAGCUAAUACAGUAUUAACAUCAGAUAAUAAAAAUUUAAAUGAUAUGGAUACAGAACAUUUAUUUGAUCGAUUAACAACAACAACUACAACAACUAAUGACAAUCAAGUAACUAAAGAUAAUCAUACAAAUCUUCAAUUUACUUUAUUAGAUGAUCUUGAAGCCUAUUAUGAAACUGAAUAUAAUUUAGAUACAUUUGUUGCUCGUUUAAAUACAAAUUAAUCAUUUUUAUUAUUAUUAUCAUCUUAUGUAUAAAUUUUAUAGAUCUACUAUCCUAUCAAAUUAGUCAGUGGAUGUUUCUAUGGUUUGGUUUUUGUCAUUAUUGUCCGUCUCAUCAAUUGUUUGUUUGUUUUGCCAAGUUUAUUAUCAGUUAUGAAAUGAAUUGGUGUGUUAUUUUAUCAUCUUUGAAUAAGGAUAUCUCAUUUAUUGCAUUUCUACAUUUGUUUUUUUCUUUUAUCAUUUAUCUUGUCUUAUUUCACCUAUACUGAUAGCAUGUAUUUCGAUAUGGGGAUAAUGAAUACUUUUCCACUUGUUGGCUAUAUCUAUAUCUUGGUGGGGGUUUUUUUAAUCAGAAUCAAUUACUGUUGCUCAGUAACAUUUAAUCUAGUUACAAAUCAUGAAUGUAAUAAUGUUCUAUAUGCUAUUACUAUCAUUUCUGUUAUAUUUUCCAGUUCCUUAUCAUUGCAAUGUCUUUAUAUAUAUACCUCUUUGUUACUAUUUGGAAUCGUAUAUACUAAAACUACUGCAUUACUCCUGUAAUAGGUUUGAUAUCAAUUAUAUUCAAUUUUACGGAUCUAAGAAUCCUGCGUGUAAUAAUCAUAAAGUUGGUAGUUUCUAAACUUUAUGGUUUAUUGUAUCUACUGUUAAAUGUUCGGGAAAUAUAAAAUCGAAUGGUUUUAUACUUUAUUGAUGAUUUAUUUUUCGGUAAACUGAUGCUCUCACUGUCCACAAUACUAAUACAAUAUUCAUUUGUUUGUAAUACGUCGAAUAAUAUCAAGAUGGGCAUAAUAUAUUACAUAAAAGGUGCGAUUUUCAUUUUAUUUGUUUGUGAGCUUUGAUACUACCCACGUCAGUCAUCAACAACGUAUAACUUCGUACGUACGUACCUGGGCACGCGGGUAAUAUCUGGAAUAGACCAGAUACUAUGUGGUUGGCCAGACCGAAGAAGAUAGUUUUCUUCUGGAGUCACACCCGGAGCCUUCGACCUAAAGGUCUGAUUCACAAGGCAAUCGAGCAACGUCAGAAGAUUCAGUUCCAUGGUAGCCGGUGAUCAAUAAUAGGUUCAUACACCAUUUGUUCUUUCAGGAUCCUGCAGUCCAUGUGCACCAUUGGUUUGGAAUCAGGGUUUUCCAUCUUCUGUAGGCGUGUACCCUCCGUAUCAGUGGCGCAUAUGUAUCUGGUGCCCCAGAUACGUAUGUAUAUCUUCAGAUAAAUAAAUCGGAAGUUCGAAAUAUCAGUCCAACGAGUUUUGAUUCAUCUUAUUAAAGGUUACAUGUUCAAUAUGCAAUUUCAGUGCAAUCAUUUGCAUAAACAUACAACUAAAAUACUUCCCAACCUAAUGUAAUAUCAUUGUCUGAAAGAACCAGUAUCCAGUCGAGUAACUAACAGGAAAAUUGUGUUUCCUUUAUCAUAUUCAAUCGACCGUAAACGAAGGAUGUUACGUAGGGAAAUUGGGCAAAGCUUGCGUAAGGACCGAGAAGCCUGAUGGUCGAAGCGUGCUAAUGAGCUGGAAGCAGCAGCUGCAUCUGGU